AUGGCAAACACGACCGACAUAGCUAUCGUGCGGGCAACAGUGGACGACGUUCCGGCAGUCCUCCGUCUCCUAGAUGACGCAGUGAAAUGGCUUGUAUCGCAUGACAGAACUGGACAAUGGGGAACAUCACCGUUUUCCGAGAAUCCAAAACGCGCCGAACGACUCACGGAAUUUGCAACCACCGGCUCUGGUCUUUGGCUCGCUGUCAAGGUUGCUGACCUCCCAACCGUGAACGGGGAAGCUCCGGUCAUCAUAGGAGCGCUUGCUGUUGGGGAUAAGAUGCCUUACGCACCAUCUGUUUCUGAGCCUGAGCUGUACGUGCGAUUAUUGGUCACGGAUCGACGAUGGGCUGGCAACGGGAUUGGAACGCGCCUUUUGGAACACGCUCGUGAUCUUGCCAAUGAAGCUGGAAUUUCGUUACUACGGGUAGAUUGCUAUGCAGGCGACGACGGCAAAUUGAUCCAAUAUUAUGAGUCUCAAGGGUUUGGGCGAUCUGAACGUCUGAACCUGGAAGGCGGCUGGCCUUGUCAAGUGCUUGCUCAACGACUAGAUGAGGUGAAAGGAGAAUAA